CCUCCCUUGCCGGCCUGUCAGGGGAGGCCGUGUUGUUGUUGUUGUUUUUUCUUCUUUUCUUUUUUCUGCCCGGAUACAACCCGCAACCUGGUGACUUCAUGAUCACAUGACCGUGGAUAUGGACGCAGUCCUAUCCGACUUUGUCCGUUCCACUGGAGCUGAACCAGGAUUGGCCAGAGACCUGCUCGAAGGCAAGAACUGGGACUUCACCGCUGCCCUCAGUGAUUUUGAGCAGCUACGACAGGUGCAUGCUGGGAACCUGACGUAUUCGUUCACAGAGGACAGGACGUAUUCGCCGCUCGACAAGGAGAUGGCCCGGGUCGGGCGGCCUGUACUCCACCGCCAAGACGAGGUGGUGCAAGCAGCGACAGAAAAGCGCUUGUCGAGGGGCAUUUCCCACGCCAGCUCCACCAUCGUGUCGCUGGCGCGCUCUCACGUCUCGAGCGCCGCGGGCAGCAGUACGGAGCCCCUCCUGGACACGCCCCUGUGCACCUUCCAACUACCAGACCUCACGGUGUACCGGGACGACUACCGCGGCUUCAUCGAGAGGGACCUCAUCGAGCAGUCCAUGAUGGUGGCCUUGGAGCACGCCGGGCGACUGAACUGGUGGACUAAAGUGGUUUCAAACUGUCAGAAUCUGCUGCCUGUGGCCACGAGUGGAGACGGGAACUGCCUGUUGCACGCCGCCUCGCUGGGUAUGUGGGGUUUCCAUGACCGGGACCUGAUGCUCCGGAAGUCCCUGUAUGCGCUGAUGGAUCACGGGUUGGAGCGAGAGGCACUGAAGCGCAGGUGGAGGUGGCAGCAGACCCAGCAGAACAAAGAGUCCGGUCUGGUGUACACGGAGGAGGAGUGGCAGAAAGAGUGGAAUGAACUGCUGAAGCUCGCCUCCAGCGAGCCCAGAAUACACUACAGCACCAACGGCACCAACGGGGCGGAGUCCUCGGAUGAACCGGUGUACGAGAGUUUGGAGGAGUUCCACGUCUUCGUCUUGGCACACGUCCUCAGGAGGCCCAUCGUGGUGGUGGCCGACACCAUGCUGAGGGACUCCGGAGGAGAGGCCUUUGCUCCCAUCCCAUUCGGAGGCAUCUACCUGCCACUGGAAGUGCCAGCUGCCAAGUGCCAUCGCUCGCCCCUGGUCCUGGCAUACGACCAGGCGCACUUCUCUGCUCUGGUCUCCAUGGAGCAGAGGGACAGCUCCAAAGACCAAGCAGUUGUGAUCCCUCUCACGGACUCCGAGCACAAAAUGCUGCCUCUGCACUUCGCUGUGGACCCUGGGAAAGAUUGGGAGUGGGGCAAGGACGACACGGACAACGUGAUGCUGGCGAGCGUGGCUCUUUCUCUGGAGGCCAAGCUCCAGAUGUUGCACAGCUACAUGACGGUCACCUGGCUGCCCCUGCCCUGUGAGCAAGCCCCUCUGGCCCAGCCAGAGUCUCCCACAGCAUCAGCAGGAGAUGAUGCCCGAACGCCUCCUGACUCAGGAGAGUCCGAUAAGGAGUCCGUCAGCAGCAGCUCCAAUGGCAACGGAGAGGCAACGACAGCAUCGACGGCCAAUGGAAGUGGGUCCUUGGCCAAGAACAGCUCCUCUUCCUCAUCUAGUUCCUCCAGCAGUGGAUCGGCCGGGGCGGGGAAGGACAAAACCAAGAAGGACAAGGACAAAGAUAAAGACAAAAAGAGGGCAGACUCGGUGGCCAAUAAGCUUGGCAGUUUUGGCAAAAGCCUGGGCAGCAAGCUGAAGAAGAACGUGGGCGGACUGAUGACGGGAAAGAACGCCGGAGCUGGAGGCGCCAAGCAGGACGGUGUGGAGAAGAAGAAGGGCUCGUUUAGGGGGAGGAAGGGCAGCAAGGAUAGCUCUCCUUCGGCCCACGCCUCAGAGGAUUCUGGGAAAGGCUCCCCCUCCUCAGGUAGCGAGCUCCUCAACGGAACAGGGAGCAGCAUGAACAGCAGCGGCGGCAGCAGCACCGAGAGCGAGAACUACAAGUACAGCGCGGAUGUCAAGGUCAGCAUGGGCAUCCUGCGAUCCGCCAUGCAAGGUGAGAGGAAAUUGAUCUUUGCCAGCCUUCUCACGACCAGCAACCGGCAGCCCUUCCAGGAGGAGAUGAUCCAGCGGUACCUCGCCGACGCCGAGGAGCGCUUUCGUGCCGAGCAAGAACAACAGCGGCGCGAUGCGGAGAGGAAGGGCGUCACCAACGGCAUCCAGCCAGCGAAGAAGGAGACGGUCGGCGGACCAGAGCUGACCUACCGGCCUUAUGAGGCCAAAGAGGAGCUGUCGGAGAACACGUCCCCUCCCUUGAACCAGCUCAAGUCCUCUCCCUUGAGCCCCUCCAUGUACUCUGCCGCUGUGCCCAUCCCCCGGCCCUCCUUCAUCGACCAGACUCCUGUCGCGGCACCCCUCACCCAGCAUCUUCAUAUGCACAGCUACAUGGAUACCCGGCGCCAGCUAGCCGGCGGCUCCCCGGCGACCUCCUACCCGGGCCUCCCCUCUUACGCCACCCUCCCCCGGCACUGCCCCGCGUCGCAGGGUCCCUCCCAUCCCCAUUACAAUAACUCGCAAGGCCCCGCCUCCCUGAGUCCUUCUCGCCUCACGCCCUCGUACCCCCCUGAGUUCGACCCACCGGACUACCCUGGCUCUGAACCUGCGGGGGGGAGCUACACCAACGGCUUCCGGGACAUGCGCUCCAACUUAGACUCUCGGAGUGGGCAACCCCCGGUCAGACACUACUCGCUGGGCAGCGCCGGGGGCUUGACCAACCUGCAGUCCUGCCGCUGUCGGACGCCCAACUGCACCUACUACGGACACCCCGAGACGGGCAACUACUGCUCCUACUGCUACCGGGAAGAGCUGAAGAAGAGGGAGCCAGAACUAGCCAGCCAAAGGUUCUGAAUGAACCGAGCUAUGGCUUGAAAUGAGUGGCCUUUUUCAGUUUAAAAUAAUAGUUAAAAAAAAACAGGCUGGGGCGGAUCAGUCUCUGAAUGAACAAGAGAAAGGCACGAACAGCCCUCUCCCUUUUUUUUUAAAAUUUUUUUUUUUUAAAGCUGUGUCACUUCCUGUUGGGAUGGACGACCUCAGAAAGUGGCAGAGAGUCGACGCGACUACAGAAUAAACAGGGUACUUUCUCGCUGCUGGGGUCACAUGUUAGACCAUAGAAUUAACUAACUGCACUUCUGUUACAUUUUGCUGUGGCUUGUGUGUGUGUGCGUGCGUGUGUGUGUGUGCGUGCGUGUGUGUGUGUGUGUGAGCUGCAGGCUCUCUAUCAGUUUAACGCCUUGCUACUGUCUCCUCCUGGUGGAGAGAAUGUAUAUGGCAGGCGCCAUACAUAUCACUCAUCGACCCGCACACACAGUACAUGCACACACACGCACACACACACACACACACACUAAGUCCGACUCACACUACCACGUACACAGAGAUGCAAGCACAACACAGACAAUAACCGCUCCAUUUGUGGUCUGUGAUCACGUCUGGAUUGGUUUAUUAUGGGAUGCGUGAGCGUUUUGAAGUCAAAUCUGGUUCGGUUGGUUUCAGUGUUACUCAGAUUUCUACACUACUGUUUGUGUCGUACGUACCUCGGGAAACAGCAGAAUUAAUCCUCGUCGAAUUGCUUUUUUUUUGCCGGUCCAUAUUUGCAUAAUGCAAAUUGAAACUACCGUGCGAUGCUCCAGAUGAAGCGUUCUGUGGGCUGCUGUGGUGCUACUGUUACAGGAUGCAAACACAAUACAUGUCCAUGCAAUACUACACACACUACACAACCUGUCGCAGAGCACAACCCUUUCCGUGGACACCCUUCACGUGACGUUUAAUGAUUCAAAUGCAACCCGGUAAUAUCCGUCAUAUGUACCGACACAUUUUAUGGUCACAAGUUCUGAUUCUGAAGGUGUGUUUUUGAAGAGCGAGACGAGGUGCAACGUUCAGGGUGUUCCUCCCCAGUGGGACAUCGUAACGCUCAUCGGGUUUCGUCUCUUGACAUUCAACCGAAGACCGUUUCUUAGCUUCUGGCUGCGUGAUCUCUUUUUUGCACAAUUUCAAGCACUUUCCUGAUGUCCGUAGAUAUACAAAGAAAACACCUUUUUACUGUUUUUCAAGUGGCCUGACUGUUGUCUAUUGUUCACCUCUGCAGACACUGCCACCUCUGUUCACGAGAAGGGGGCCCGGGCCAGAGGGGUGUUCUCGAAAAGGAUUUCGUUACUGUAGAGCGACAGCGUCUAACUCAGUUUCCUAGUUGCCUUUUUUCAGCAUUUGUUGUCGUGGCAACCGCAACCCCGUUUGUGGCCGUGCAAGACGAACAUGGAGGAUCCGCUGCUUGUUGCCUCGUUGCCCCCAAAUAAUUAACAAAUUCUUCUUCUUCUUAAAUCGUGUUGGAGCUAUUGCAGUAAUGCCAUUUAUUCUAUUCAGUUAGUUACUUCAACUGGUUGAAACCGGCUAAUCUUCAGUUUGUCUUCUUUCUUAAAAGAAUAUCAGAUGUAGGGCUGUUUUGAUGUCAAAAUGACGACUUUAAUACUUAAUUAAUUCCCCUUUUUUAAUAAGCCAUGGUGAGGAAUUUCUUUUGCAGGAGUGUGACUUGUUGAGUGCGUCGAGAAAAGCACAAUUUAUAACGCAAUUCACUGCCGUGCCCAGUAGAGGGCAGUCUUGUUUUGUUUUUCAUUUGAACCUCACGACCUAUACUCAAAACUACAAGUCAAAAUAACCAAAAUAUUAGUGCUAACCCAACACUAUAAUACCAUGUUAAAGCCGGGUCGAGGAAGAAGGGAGUUUAUUUGCUGUGCAUUUAAAGUAACACUAGAGUUUUAAUGAAAAUAAAACACUUUAAUCAAGCUAUUUCCCCAAAAAACAACAACAACAACAACGUGCAUUUGCUGUGGUCAUGUGUGUUGACCUGCGUCCGUGCACUAAGACGCAUCAAGGCCACGCCUGUUUUUAAAGCCUCCAAAGUAACGAUUAGCUGACGAAACCAUUUCAUUUUACAGGCUACGCACACUUUUUUGUAUUUAAGAAGAAAGAAGAGAAACAAUGAGAGGUUGUAUAAAUAUGUUCCAAGUUAUUUUUGUACGCCCAAAGUUUUACAGUGUUUUUAAAAGGGUAAGAAUGUAUGUUGUUGGCGAGUGAAACGCUAUGAUGAGCUGGUGGAGCCUGGACUUGGUGUUUGGCUCCCAGACGAGCCUCCUGGUACUCGAGGCUCUCCUUCCUCAAAGCU